GCCGCCGCCGUGCCCAGCGCGGGGCCAGCGGCAGCCGGCGGCCGUGAGGCUCCCGCCGCCGCCUCGCCAUGGGCCGCCUCGCCGCCGCCGCCGCUGCCGCUGCCAUGUCGGCCGCGUUCCUCAGCCCCAGCCUCGCCUUCAGCUCCCACUUCGACCCCGACGGCACCCCCCUUAGCGAGCUCUCCUGGUCCUCCUCGCUGGCCGUCGUGGCUGUUUCCUUCUCGGGGCUCUUCACCUUCAUCUUCCUCAUGUUGGCCUGCCUGUGCUGCAAGAAGGGGGACAUCGGCUUCAAGGAGUUUGAGAACGCCGAGGGCGACGACUUCGUGACCGAGCUCUCGGCCCAGGGCUCGCCCGCCCCCCAGCAUGGCCCCGAGGUCUACGUCCUGCCCCUCACCAAGGUCUCCCUGCCCAUGGCCAAGCAGCCGGGGCGCUCAGUGCAGCUCCUCAAGUCGGCGGACCUGGGGCGGCAGAGCCUGCUCUACCUGAAGGAGAUCGGGCACGGCUGGUUCGGCAAGGUGUUCCUGGGCGAGGUGAACUCAGGCAUCAGCAGCACCCAGGUGGUGGUGAAGGAGCUGAAGGCGAGCGCCAGCGUGCAGGACCAGAUGCAGUUCCUGGAGGAAGCGCAGCCCUACAGGGCCCUCCAGCACACCAACCUGCUGCAGUGCCUGGCCCAGUGCGCCGAGGUCACCCCGUACCUGCUGGUGAUGGAGUUCUGCCCACUGGGUGACCUAAAGGGGUACCUGCGGAGCUGCCGGGGGGCUGAAGCCAUGACCCCGGACCUGCUGACCCUGCAGAGGAUGGCGUGUGAGGUGGCCUGCGGUGUCCUGCACCUGCACAGGAACAACUACAUCCACAGCGACCUGGCUCUGCGGAACUGCCUGCUCACCGCAGACCUCACCGUCAAGAUCGGAGACUACGGGCUCUCGCACUGCAAGUACAAAACCCUGCAUACUUGGCAGGACGACUACUUCGUGACGGCCGACCAGCUGUGGGUGCCGCUGCGCUGGAUCGCGCCCGAGCUCAUCGACGAGGUGCACGGCAACCUGCUCAUCGUGGACCAGACCAAGGCCAGCAACGUCUGGUCGCUGGGUGUCACCAUCUGGGAGCUGUUUGAGCUGGGCAGCCAGCCCUAUGACCACUACUCUGACCGGCAAGUGCUCGCCUACGCCAUCAAGGAGCAGCAGCUCAAGCUGCCCAAGCCCCAGCUGAAGCUCUCGCUGUCGGAGCGCUGGUACGAGGUGAUGCAGUUCUGCUGGCUGCAGCCGGAGCAGCGCCCCACGGCAGAGGAGGUCCAUCUGCUGCUCUCCUACCUCUGCGCCAAAGGGGCGACGGAAGCGGAGGAGGAGUUCGAGAAGCGCUGGAACUCCAUGAAGCCCAACGGCAGCUCCAGCGCCAGCCACCACGGCCCCGAGCUCUCCUCCUUCCCGCUGCUGGAGCAGUUCUCGGCCGACGGCUUCCCCUCGGAUGGGGACGACAUCCUCACCGUCAUGGAGACCAGCCACGGCCUCAACUUCGAGUACAAGUGGGAGCACACCAAGACCGAGCACUUCCAGGCGCCCCUGGGGUCACUCAGCCCCAGCAGCGCCGCUCGCUACCAUGAGCUCUAUUACCCGGCCACAACCACGGCGCGCCUCAGCCUGGGGGUCUCCCCCUCGUGCUAUGAGUGCAAGCCCCCGGGCUGCCCCGGGCUGCCGGCGCCCGGCGUGGUGCCCAUCCUGGGCGCGCACAGCCCCUCGCUGGGCAGUGAGUACUACAUCCGCAUCGAGGGCCCCGGUGACGGCAGCGCCGAGCUGGACUACGCCAUGGGCACCUACAGCCCCGCCGGUGAGCGCGGGCCCCUGCGGCCCCCGUCCUGCUGGCGAGCACCGGGCACCCGCAGUGGCAGCGCCUACGACUCCGACAGCAGCCCCACGGUGUCCCUCAGCAUGGAGCCGCUGCUGGGCCAGGCGCCCGUGGGUGAUGGCUCCUGGGAGUGCGCCGAGUUCUACCCCUACCCCUGCCCUGGGCAGGAGCCGUCCCCCGGCUGUGGGGCUGAGGGGUUCCUGCUGCAGGAGGAGCCCCCCCCUCCGGGCAGGCAGGACUGGCCCGGGCCCAGCUUCCAGCCCCACGGCUUCACCGACCCCUUGGGGGUCUCACCGUCGGUGACCUGCGCCUACAGCCCCCGUGGGCAUGGGGAGCUGCGGGUGGACCCGCCGGGCGGGUGCGUGCCGGGGCAGAGCGCGGCGCAUCCGGACUGCGUGGCGGUGGAGCUGGGUGAGGACAGCCCCAAGAGCCCCCCGAGCCCCCCGCAUGCACAGAGCCACAGCCCCGCGUCCCAGCGGCACCCCUGGGCCUCCAACAGCUCCUCCAACAACAACAUCGGCAGCGGGAGCCCCGGCGAGGCGGCGGCCGGGGACAGCUGGUGCUACCGCCGCAUGAUCACCUUCCGCGGGCUCAUGGCCAAGCCGCUGGGCACGGUGCCACGCGGCCAGCUCGGGGGGUCUCCGCCGGGACACGACUUCCGCCGCCCGUGGCAGGAUCAGCCCCCCGGUACGGCCGCCGGCUCCUCCUCCCCGUGCUGCUCGCCCUCCCUGCGGCGUCAGGCCUGGCACAGCCGUGACUCAUCAACCUCAGGCCGCCUGCAAGCAGCAGCGCUGGCUGGCAGCCCCGCCACGCCGUGGGGCCCCGCCACGGCCCCCGCCACCACCGCAGGGGCCCAGCACGAUGCCCACCCGGAGGAGAGCGCGGAGGGGAGCAGCCCUGCCCGCAGCCCGCUGCCCCACGCCGCGCCUGCACCGGGGCUGGAGGAGGCCGCCGCCAUGGCAGGCACCGGCACCCCGAACCCCAGCCCCCCCGCAGAGCCUGGCAUAGAUGGCUCCCAGCCCGCGCCCGAGGCUUCCGGGGCGCCCGCGCCGGUGCCAAUGGAGGCUGCUGCCGAGAGCGCCGGGUGUGCCGCGGGCGACGCGGACCGGACACCGGACAAGACCUGCUCGAGCUCCAGCUUCCCCAGUGCGGACGAGGGCAGCGACGAGGACACGGCCGAGCUCACCUCGGGCGUCUUCACCGAUUACUCCGGGGACUACCCCGAGCGGGCGGAGGCGGCAGCGCCGUUCAAGGCCCUGCAGAAGCAGGUGGGCACGCCGGAUUCCCUGGAGUCCCUGGACAUCCCAUCCACGGGCAGCUCCAUCGAGGUGUGCAGCCCCACCGCCGCCUUCGCGCCCGCCGGCCAGGCCAAGGCCCUCGACAGCGGCUACGACACCGAGAACAACGAAUCCCCCGAGUUCGUGCUCAAGGAGCCCCACGAGCCGCGAGAGCCGGAGCCCUUCAGCCAGCUGGGGAAGGCAGCGCCGGGGCUGCCGGGGGGUGAGGGUGAGGGUUCGGCCCCCGAAACGCGGCUCCCCACGGCCCUCGGGGCUGAGCUGCAGAGCCUGGCCGAGAAGAACCCGUACCGUGACUCCGCGUACUUCUCUGACUACGACACCGAGGCCGAGCGUGGCCCCAAGGAUGAGGAGGACAGCGAUGGGUCCCGGACCCCGGAGGCAGAGGAGGGGCCCCAGUCCCCUGUUAAGGACACAGGGAGAGCCCCAGUGCUGGGAGAGGACCCUCUGCACCCCCCGGGGGCACCCGGCAGCCCCCCAGCAGCGCCCAGUGCUGCGGUGGCAGCGGACACGCCGGUGCCUGGGGGUUUGGUGGGGGACUGGCGUGGGGCAGAGGGUGGGAGCACCCCGGUCAGCCCCAUGGGGCAAGCGCCUGGCACUGAGCAGCGUCCCGCUGGCACGGGGCUGGUGCCGGGCAUCUCCCUGUGCCCCGGUGGCUCUGUGCCACACAAGACUUUCCUCUUGACCCCGGUGCCGGCGAGCCCCGGGGAGCCGGUGUCCAUCGGAGGGACCCGUGUGCCCGAGGGCAUCCCUGGAGCCGCGGUUGGGGAUGAACAGACUGUGCCCCCCGCGCCGGGGCUUGGGCAUCUGGGGCUGCCCCCCGAGGGGACUGGGGCGGACGAUGCGCCGGGGGGGCCGAGCACACUGCGACCGGGGGACGAGGCACCCCCAGGCCUGUCCCCACUGAAAUCCCCCCGGGAGCCGCGUCCGGCAGCCCCCGAGCGCCGCGAGGAGCCGGAGGAGGAUGAGGAGGACUCGGAGGACAGCGAUGAGUCCGAUGAGGAGCUGCGCUGCUACAACAUCCAGGAGCAGAGCGAGGAGAGCGAGGAGGAGCCGGCGGCCGUGCCCAUCGUGGUGGCCGAGAGCCAGAGCGGCCGGAACCUGCGCAGCCUCCUCAAGAUGCCCAGCCUGCUCUCCGAGUCCUUCUGCGAGGACCUGGAGCGCAAGAAGAAGGCCGUCUCCUUCUAUGAUGACGUUACCAUCUACCUCUUUGACCAGGAAAGCCCCACGCGGGAGCUGGCGGAGCAGAGCUUCCCGGAGCCCCCCCAGCCUUCGGGGCAGCCCCCCGAUAGCAGCAGCCCCCCCAGCCCCGCAGACCGGCUCGGAGCCUCGGAUGACUCCUCGGAUGGCAACGCCUCGGAAGAGAGCGGUGGCUUCGAGUGGGACGAUGACUUCCCGCUCAUGCCGGUGAAGCCGUCGCUGAUGGCGUCGCUGACGGGGCCGCCGGCGGAGCCCGACCCGGCUGUGCCCGCGCUGGUGCCGGUGCAGAAGCAGGUCCUGCCCAUCCAGUUCUCCCGGUUCACGGUCUCCCCGGCUCCGGUGUCCCGGUUCUCCAUCACCCACGUCUCCGACUCGGACAUGGACUCCAUAGGAGGCAGCAGUGAAGAUGGUGACCGGGAGUGAGCCAGCCAGGAUACCGGCACCGGCACCGGCACCGGCACUGGCACUGGCACCGGCACUGGCAGGGGGUGGCAGAGCACAGCGGGGCCGGGAGUGGGGGCCACGCUCCGGACUUUUUUAGGCAGAUUUUGCCGGAAGGAGCUCGUUGGCUGCUGCGAGCGGGAGCGGGAGCGGGGCCGGCCCGGGGCCAGGCGGUGGGUGACGGCCGCGCGUGGGGUGCGGGUGGCUCGGGUGCCUCUAUACAUAGACACAUAUAUAUAUAUAUAGACAUAUAUAUAUAUAUAGAUUCUAGCAUUUAAAGGGUAGUGCCCUGACCUUGCUAACAUUUGCGGAGUGUCCCCCCCCCCCAGUGCAGUCCCCCC